AGUGGCCAAACAUGUCAUUGAUAUCACGGCUCGAAUUGAGACAACUCUUUGGUCUGCAUUACAUAACAAACAUAUUAUUAGCGCUUUCUUUCCUCGCACUCAAGUGUUUGUCUCCCAUUUGUGACCAUCUCUUCACGUCAUGUCAAUUGGACUAUCGCGAAUCGGAAAUCCUGUUCUUCACGGCAGUGAUCAUUGUCUUCAGGACCAGAAAACAAGGAGCGGUCCAUUUGGUGCCAUACGUUAGCACUGCCUGUAUGUUAGCGAAGAUGGGAAACGUGUUGCUGUACUUCAUGUCGGAUCCAGUCUAUGGUGUCCUAUACGUGAGCUGUUGUAUCCUGCAUUUACUUCUUCUGCCCGAACCUUCAUAUGAAGGCCCGGAAAACGUCUCGUACUUCAGAGGAACUGAUUUCAAUCAAGAGCUCGAAAACGACAAACGAAUCGUUUGGUUGUUAGAGCUCUACACCGCUUGGAGUCCGCCGUGUAUUGACUUCUCGUCGGUCUUCUCGGAGCUGUCGGGCAAAUACAGUCUCGAGAACUUACGGUUCGGCAAAAUAGAUUUGGCCAGAAAUGAAGACACAGCCAAACAGUUCCGCAUCAACACAUCGCCGCUCAGCAAACAGUUGCCAACACUUGUGCUCUUCCGUAACGGCCAAGAAGUGAUGCGCAGACCUGUUGUCAACAAUAGU